CUGAUGAGCGCAACCUCGAUGGCAGCAACCAAUGGAGCUAUGCCCAGUCUGACUACACUACCCGUGAAGAGUCCCAGGUCCAGAAAAAGAUGCAAGGAGUCACCUACGAUUCUUACGGAAAAGAAUCGUACGGUGAAGUCUUAGGCAACACCAACAAAGGAUCCUCUUACUGGGUUUCCCCUGAAGGCCAGAAAUUCACUUUGACUUGGGCCGCUGAUGAAGCUGGAUUCCAGCCCAAAGGUGACCACUUGCCCGUCGCUCCCGUCCACGAAUACGAGCUCCCAGUUGCUCCCGUGCAUGAAUACGAACUCCCAGUUGCCCCCGUCCACAUCCCUUUCAACGGCAAAGGCUACAAGAUCUACUAAAUUAAUGAAAUCUCAAUUAGAUAAAUAAUUUAAAGCCAUGUAUUUCAGGCCCUACCCCUCUUGGCUCUUGGUGUAAAAACGUGUAAAUAUAAAGCGGAGACUAUCUAGCAAACUUGUUUCUUUGAAGCACAUAUUCAAUGUGGUUCUUGUUGAAAUUGAGCUUUUUCGUCGACUUUGGGUGUUGGGCCUUGAUUAGUUGUUGAGAGUAUUUUGAAGCGAUAAAGGUGAAUCCGGAAUAAUGUGAAGAUGCAACAUGAUGCGAAUUCAUGCUGGACAUUGUAUGGGAACAGAGGGAUGUGCACUUAAGAAAGUGUCCGAUCACUAAUCAAAAUUGUUGUUCAUAAUAAAUCGCUUGGAAUCGCAAUAAAAAGUGUAGCUUC